AUGGUUGUCAAGCAUCACAUUGACACUGGCAAUGUGAAACCUAUCCACGAAUCACCGCGGAGAGUUCCAUUGGCUAGAAGAGAGGAAGUAACUAAAUUGAUCACAGAUAUGCAGGAAGAAGGAGUUAUUGAACCUUCUGCUAGUCCCUGGAGCUCCCCAGUAGUUUUAGUCAAGAAAAAGGAUGAUAGUACCCGAUUCUGUGUGGAUUAUCGGAAACUGAGUGAUAUAACAAAGAAAGAUAGCUACCCGUUACGUAGGAUUGAUGAUACGCUCGAUACACUAUCUGAUGCGAAAUGGUUCUCUACAUUAGAUUUACGAAGUGGUUAUUGGCAAGUGGAACUUGGAAGCGAAGAUAAAGAGAAGACUGCGUUUAGCGUUGGCGAUGGUUUAUGGCAGUUUACAGUGAUGCCGUUUGGUCUCUGUAAUGCACCUGCUACUUUUGAGCGGCUUAUGGAACGUGUGUUGAAAGGGUUGCAUUGGAAGACUUGUCUGGUGUAUCUUGACGACAUCAUAGUGAUUGGAAAGAACUUCAAGGAUCACCUGCAUAAGCUAAGAUAG